CUCUGCGAAAUUCAAAUUCCAUCUCUCUUUCUCCUUUUCUGUGAGUGUUUUUUCUCAUGAGCGAUCCCAUUCUCAUCUCCGACGAGGAGGAUGAGUCUACUCCACCACAAUUUCCGUCCAAGAGGGCUCGAAAGAAUCCCACUCCGACGAUUGUAAACUUGGAUUCCGACACGGCACCGCCGGGGUCUUCUUCUACUCCGUUCCUCGUCGACGAGUCAUGUCUCCCUGACGAUGUCACCGUCGUCAAAUCUUCCUUGGGUUCCGGAGCUCGAGGUCCUUCACUCCGCGAAGACAAGUUUUCCGGUAAACGACUAGUAUCUCUUGAUUCGGAUUCUGAAGACAGUCCUCGACCUGAAACUUCUAAGAAAUAUGAACCCAUACAUGCUGAUCCUUUGGUUCAACGAUGUGAAUUGGUAUCUGGAUCCAGUGAUGCAGAUUCUGGUGAGGAGAAGAACUUUGAUCUGAAUGCAAGAAUGUUUUGGCCAAAUAAUAGUCCUAAUUGGAUGCAGGGAGCCAGUUUUCGAUCUUCACCUCCCAACAAUGCUAUUGAGGUAGAAUCUGGCCAAGAGAAGGAAGAAAUGAGCGCUGAGAAGUUUGGUCGACAAAAGCAGACCAGAAGCUCUAAAAACACAUCUGUUUCUGGUAAAGCAAUGCCAAAAAAACAGAUGUCAAAGGACGAAAGAAUCCGAGCGACAGAGGAAAAGAAGUUAAGAAAAGAGCAAGAGAAAUUACAGAAAGCAGCAUUGAAAGCAGAAGAAGCUGAGCGUAAAAAGUUAGAGAAGGAAAAGCAGAAAUGGGAAAAGGGAAAGUUAGCCCUUAAAUCUAUUGUUGCUGAGAUUGAUACUAAAGUGGUUGAAGGAUCCAUUGGAGGACUUCUGCUUUUAAGGUUCUCUGAGAAAGGCAUUGCAUUCCGUAUAGCCCCUAAUCCUAUCGAGAGAUCCAUUGUGUGGACGAUGACAAUUCCAGAGGAUAUUGCUCCGAAUUUGCCCCGAGGGACCAAGAUUCCAUAUGUUUUACUUGUGUACGAGGCUGAAGACUUUUGUAAUCUUGUUGCUAGUGAAAGACUUCUCGAAAACGUCUCAAGAGUUCGGGACCAAUACCCAUCGUAUACAGUGUGUUACCUUACUAACAAGUUAAUGUCCUACGUAAAGAAAAGGGAAGGGGUUGAGUACAAGAAAGAUGGUAAUCACAGUGGUUGGAGAAAACCUCCUAUUGAUGAGGUACUUGCAAACUUAACUACUCACUAUAUUGGAGUACAUUCCAGGCAUUGUAUUGAUGAGGCUGAGGUGGCUGAACAUGUUGUUGGUUUAACAAGUAGUCUGGCCUCUUGCCAAGUCAGGGAUAAGUUAUCGUGGUUAAAAGUAAAAGCUGACGGUGUAGUAGCCUCCAAGGAUGCAGUUGUCAAACACUUGAUUAAAAAGAGUCCAUGGUUAAAAGCGUUAGUAGCAAUACCAAAGGUGCAGCCAAGAUACGCUGUAGCAGUGUGGAAGAAAUAUCCAUCCAUGAAGUCUCUUCUUGAGGUUUAUAUGGAUCCUAACAAAUCGAUUCAUGACAAGGAGUAUCUACUGAAAGACUUGAAGGUGGAAGGUUUAGUAGGAGGAGACAUAAGGUUAGGUGACGUUUCUUCAAAGCGAAUAUACAGAAUUCUCAUGUCCCACAAUGGAGGCAUUAUGACUGACGAAGUAUGAAAAGGUCCUUCACAGAUUUAUUCUCCACAUGACUUGAACUAGAAAUCAAAAUGUCACACAAAACAGUAGAGUGAUUGUGGCUGAGAUUUUGUGGUUGUUGGUAUAGGUAUGUAUGC